CAAGCAAACCCAAAAAUCAGAAUUUUUCAGGGCACAACUCAUAUUGCUAAAACAACUAUGAACCUGCUGUUUUUCUUUUUCUUCCUGGGAGCUUGUUUCUUAGGACUAACGAAUGCUGAAAUAUUCACGCCAGAAAAAUGGAAACGCUACAUGGAAUGCAUGAAGAAGUGCAAAGCUGCCAAAUCUAUAUGCGAGAGAAAGUGUUUGUAUGAGAUACACAUGGGAAUGAAGAAGAAUUCUGCAUGAAACGAGCACUUCUCCUCAUUGCCUGUUUCUUCUUGUGAUAAGAUGAAAUAAAGCAUUGUGCAGC